AUGGUGACUAGUAUCACAGGCAUUCUCGUUCCAACGUUAUUAGAAGUAUAUAGAUCCUUAUAUGACAAGGAUAUGGACGGAGUGAUCGAGUGUAUGCCGCAUUUAAUCGCAGCUAUAACUAGUAUCGUUAAAAUAUUAAAUGUCCACUUCAACAGAGAAAAUUUUAGAAAAUUGUUCGAAUUUGUGAGGAAACAAUGGAAGGAAUUGAAGUUAACCGAUGAUUUACGCGUUCUGGAGGAUGUCACCAUUCAAGGCAGCAAAAUGGCACAACUGUACCGAAAUACUUUAUUGAUCUUCAUGGUACUGUUCUUGCUGGUUCCAUUACUUUUUCCUAUUCUGGAUGUCGUCCUUCCAUUAAAUGAAACUCGACCGCGACAACAAUUAUUUAGAGUUAAUUACAUAUUUUUUGAUCAUGAAGAGUACUUCUUUUACAUAUAUUUACAGCUUGCAUGGGGAUCUGUUAUUGUUGUGAUGAUAAUAGUUACCGUAGAUUCGUUAUAUAUCCUUAUAAUCCAUCACAGUAGUGGAUUAUUUGCGGUGUGUGGGCAUCAAGUCCAUAAAGCAACUAGUAGUUCAAUCAUAUUCUCUACAGAAGCUAUGACGGAGACUUACACGUACGAACAGAUAAAAAAUUGUGUGAUCACUCACGAUAAAGCGAUCGAGUUUUACAAUAUUCUAAAUGAAAACAGUCGAAGUAGUUAUUUGCUUCAAGUUGGAUUAAAUAUGAUGGGUAUAAGCAUGACAGCUGUUCAAACAGUCGCUAACUUAGAAAGACCGGCGGAAGCAAUUAGAACCGGCAUAUUUCUUGGAGCUGAACAAUUUCAUUUGUUUGUGAUCAGUCUGCCUGGGCAGGUACUUCUGGAUCAUUGUUCUGAUUUAGCAAAUAAUAUAUAUGGGUCCACCUGGUAUAAAAUACCAGUAAAAAUUCAAAAAAUGCUUCUCAUGAUGCAAAUACGGAGUAAAAAACUGUGUACAUUAACGGCAGGUGGAUUGUACGAAAUGAAUAUGGAAAAUUUUGCAAUUGUAUGUAAUAUUAUGGGACAGUUAUAGUU